UUUUUUUUUAAAAAUAUCUUUUACAGGUCUACUGUCAACAUCAGCAACAGACACACAAUGUCAACAUUCUUUCCAGAAGCAGACCCGCCAAAGGCAUAUUCGUACAUGACUCAUUAUUCUUUCAAUUCACCAAAGAAACUACAUGCCACCGGAAUACUAUCGCACCCUUUUAACCAAAAAAUCCAAGUUUUUCUUCCCACAGCAUCUUCUCCAGCCAUCACAUCCCAAUUGAUACAGACGCUACAAAAGGACACAUACUACUAUCAUGCACAUCUCCCGCUCUCGCUUUUCCUCUCUUCAAAUUUCAUGCAAUUCAUCCGCAAUGGACUGAUUGCACUUUCUGUCCAAGGAGGAAUCGAUACUCAUGAUGUGAUCUGUAUCGAUGGCAAGGGCAGGAUGAUCCUCUCACUCACAAAGGACACGUACGAACAACUUGGACUCACCGGUGUACCUUCAAAAUUUCAUCCGAACCGUCAUCGCUAUGUCGUUGAAAUUGAUAUGCUUUCACCAGCUAUGGUUCCAGGAAAGCGAGGCUUUGAUCGGAUCAAAUGGUGUUUUGAAAACACUCUUGUCACUGUCUUCCCUAUGGUCUUGGCUAGCGUAGACGGACAUGGAGUUUCCCUGCCGCUCGAAUUUCCGGAUACUGUCAAAGCAAUAAAAAUGGGAUUCAAAAUCCAAUGUACCUCUCUCAACAACAUAAUCAUCCCAGAUACCCGGACCAUCCGCACCAUUGGUAAAAACAAUCUUCGCUGGCGAUUAAACGUGUCCGGGCUAUUUGAAUGGAUCGGCAUGGCUUCCAUACAGUCAGAUCGUAUCGUCCAAGGUGACAAAAUCGACCCUUACCUCUGCGUCUACUCUAAUCCUCCUCAGGCAAACGCAAAUGAAACACCGAUAGCAUCCAGAGCUUGUUUGAUUGAAAUCACAGGCUUGAUCCCAGCUCCAUCUGUCCUUCAUAUAUUUGAAUUGCUUCGGUCCGUGCUUAAUGAAAGCAGCCCGGAUCCAGAACUAAUGCCAGAGUGGGCCAACUUCACAGUCUGGGGAUUUCAGGACUCGCCCAUCUCGUGGCGAGGUAAGGAACAUGGACAUCUGAUCAGCGGCGAGAAUAUGUAUUCCUUUUUCCUUUGGUCUUCAAAUAUCUCACCUCAAGGCAAAGAGCAUCCAGACACCGGCGUAUAUGUCAUGUUCGAGAAUGUGGCUGCCCAUGACCUACACUCAUAGUUCUGCAUUGAGAACGAGAACAAGAAAUUGAAAACCUUAGCAUAGACCAAUUAUAGAAAUGCAUGUAUAUAUUUAUUAAGAUAGAUGGCGGAUAAAAUAAUAUCAGAGAGGAAGUAUUCCAAAUCGCCAUUAUCAAUAUUUCGAUACUUAAAAAAACAUAACCCCCCUCCCUCUUUAUGGGUUCGCCUCAGUCACUACCCAUUGGCCAGC